GGGAAGGCGGAGCUUGAGCGAGCCGGGAGGCGGGGCAGAAAGUUCCUACCCACGAGAGGGAAGAAGCAGAGCUUGCUCCUGAGAAGCCAGCUCCCAUGCCAUGAAGAAAUUCAAGCACCAUUCAGAGAGACCGGGCAGGUAGGAAGAUAAAAACUGGUCCUUGUGACACCCCGCCCUGGAUGGAAGUACAGUCACGUAUUUCUAUUGGGUAGCUGGCCGGCGCGGUGUGUGAAGAGAGAGGCCUCCUGAGGAGUCUUGUGAAGUGGCUGAGAAGGCAAGGUGGCAGUGGAAGGACCCUGGCCUGGGGCCCUCUGACAGACACACCCUCAGCAGCCUCUGCUUGGGCUUGGAGCCAGCCUCCACCAGGGUUCAAGUCCAACCUAGGUUGCAGCUGGAGGCCACCUGCUGGGCCUGUGCCUGUUGUCAAGACAGCUGUGCCCGGCAGACAGCAGCAAGGGCAGAAGCCCCCCUAACACGAGCACGAAAUGCAAGCCCGGAUGUGGUCCUCCAUAGCGGGCCUCUUCUCCGUGCUCAACACCAUCCAGUUCCUCAUCUUCAAUCUGAACCAGCUUACCCACAUUGGCUACGAAGAGAAAUACAGCAUCUACCUGGAGACCAACUCCAGGCUGGCCUCCUGGGUCAUGCUGUACCGGCAGAGCAUCUGCACGGGCUUCUCGGUCAUGACCAUCCUGGUGGGCUGCUUCCUCCUCUACUGCAUCCACAAGAACGUCUACACGGGGCUGCCCAUCUACACCAUGUGGAUCCUCACCUACGAGUUCACCAGCUUCUCCAUGGUCCUGCUCACCCACGGCCUCAUCAAAGAGCAGUUCAGGGGCCUGGGCUACUUGUACCUCGUGCUCCAGGUCUCGCGCAUGACCCUGCACUUCGGCCUCCUGCCCUUCAUCGUCAAGCACGCGUAUUCUCUCUACAAGGACCCCGGGUCCAUGGGCAAGGUGGGCCGCCGCAGGCGCUCCUCCAUCAGCACCGUGGACUCCUGGCCGACCGCUGGGCGGGGGAUGCUGUACCGCAAGUUAAACUGAAGGGCGCCGGGCAGCAGAGAGAGGGAGGGGCUCCCCCCACCCCCCGCACCGCCUCACAGGGGUCCUGGACUCAAGCGGCAGGCAUGGAUGGGUUAGUGUGCAGGUGUGUGUCCACGUGCCUCCUCUCAGGUGUUCGUGAUAAAGUGCCUUUGUGUUGA